GGAAAAGGAGCCGCCUAUUUCUGUACCAGUUGGUUAUUUCCACGAAAGUUUACCGUCCGUGCUUGGCUUUUCUCUUAGGUUGGUGUCCUUAUUAAAUGGCAAGCUUCCCAGACUCUGUAAACGAACAUGAUAUAGCUAAGGCUAAGUUCAUUGGUGAACUUCUGGUGCCUGUUGCUCCAUUUGACCAGAAGUCUGGGCAUGAGGCUUGGACAGUAGCCUUUGCACCCAAUGGUUCCUACUUCGCUUGGUCUCAGGGGCAUCGCAUUGUCAAGCUCAUUCCUUGGACAAAAUGCCUGAAGAACUUUUCAAUGGGCCAUGGUGGAGAGGGUACCAAUGCCUCGAGUCCCCGGCAUUCAUCUUGGCAGAGCAGUAACGGAGGGCAGGCGAUCUUGGUGGCCACAGAGCCCCGCGAACACACCAUAGACUGUGGUGACAUCGUAUGGGGCUUGGCCUUUGGUUCCUCAGUGCCAGAGAAGCACAGCCGCUGUGUUAACAUCGAAUGGCACCGCUUCAAGUUCGGCCAGGACCAGCUGCUGCUGGCAACAGGUCUCAACAAUGGUCGCAUCAAGAUCUGGGAUGUUUACACUGGAAAACUGUUGCUAAAUUUGAUGGACCAUAGUGAUGUGGUGCGAGACUUGACCUUUGCUCCUGAUGGCAGCCUUAUGCUGGUCUCUGCAUCCAGAGAUAAGACUCUCCGUGUAUGGGACCUGAAAGAUGAUGGUAACAUGGUGAAGGUUUUGCGUGGGCAUCAGAACUGGGUGUAUUGCAGUGCCUUCUCCCCUGACUCUUCCAUCCUAUGCUCAGUUGGUGCCGGCAAAGCAGUGUUCCUAUGGAACAUGGAUAAGUACACAUUGAUCCGGAAGUUGGAGGGGCACCAUAAUGAUGUGGUGUCUUGUGAGUUUUCACCAGAUGGGGCACUACUGGCCACUGCCUCUUAUGACACCCGUGUUAUUGUAUGGGACCACCACAAGGCCACUGUCCUGCUAGAACUGGGCCAUCUUUUCCCUCCUCCAUCACCCAUUUUUGCUGGAGGGGCAAAUGACCGCUGGGUUCGUGCUGUGAGCUUCUGCCGUGAUGUCUGCCACAUUGCCAGCAUUGCUGAUGACAGAUUGGUUCGUUUCUGGAGCACUGAAGAAAGGGCUCCUCAGGCCAUCGCCUCUAUCUCUAAUGGCCUCUGUUGUGCCUUCUCUGCUGAAGGAAAUGUCCUCGCUGCUGGGACUCGCGAUGGUAGUGUGCAUUUUUGGGAAUGUCCUCGUAGCAUUUCCACUCUGCAGCACAUGUGCAGAAUGGCUCUCCGCCGGGUGAUGACCACCCAACAGGUAGAGGCCCUGGCCAUUCCCAUGCCGCUGCGUGACUACCUGGCAUACAAAGUCAUUUAACCCCCACCCUAGCAAGAGCUGACCCAACUCACACGCCACAGCAACGGCGUCCAAUGGAUCUCUUAUUUUGGAGAUGGACAAAAAUUGAAACCCUUUUUUCAUGUUAUUUUGAUAAACAACUGUAAGUGAUCAGGACAGAAAGAAUGGAGUUAAGUUUUACAGAAUUUCCAGUGCCACAACUCUGUUUCAAACAUCCCCACAUUCAUUUGCAGCAGGGUAUUGUGCUAAUUUGUACAUAUUUAUUUUUGUAAGUGAUUUAAUAAAUUUAUACCUUUUAAGGUCAAGUUA